UCCUCUGAACCUGGAGGAGCAUCUUCUCCUGUGACGUCAUGACAGCAGCAUCAGCUGUUAGCUCCGCUUUAAGCCUUUUCGCUGCCGAUUGCUGCCUGCACAAAGGAAAUAUAUGAGAUCCCCUCUAAUUCCUGAAAUGGCGACACAGGAGGUACAGCUGAACGAGACCCUGGCCCACCUCAAAACGGAGUCGGAGACGCUCAAGUCGAAGCUGGAGGAGGAAAGAGCGAAGCUGCACGAUGUCGAGUUACAUCAGGUGGCAGAGAAGGUGGAGGGGCUUGGCCAGUUUGUGAUGAAGACCAGGAGAACUCUGAAAGGACAUGGAAACAAAGUUCUGUGCAUGGACUGGUGUAAGGACAAGAGGAGGAUCGUCAGUUCCUCACAGGAUGGAAAAGUGAUAGUAUGGGAUGCCUUCACCACCAACAAGGAGCAUGCUGUGACAAUGCCUUGCACCUGGGUGAUGGCGUGUGCCUACGCCCCGUCCGGCUGUGCUGUAGCUUGUGGUGGCCUGGAUAACAAGUGCUCAGUGUAUCCUCUGUCCUUGGACAAAAAUGAGAACCUGGCUGCGAAGAAGAAGUCAGUGGCCAUGCACACAAACUAUCUGUCUGCCUGCAGCUUCACCAACUCAGAUAUGCAGAUCCUGACGUCCAGUGGUGAUGGAACAUGUGCUUUGUGGGAUGUUGAGAGCGGGCAGCUGUUGCAGAGUUUCCAUGGACACGCCGCUGACGUGCUCUGUCUGGACCUGGCCCCCUCUGAGACUGGGAACACAUUUGUUUCGGGGGGCUGUGAUAAGAAGGCCAAUGUGUGGGACAUGCGUUCAGGACAGUGUAUUCAGUCCUUUGAAACUCAUGAAUCAGACAUAAACAGUGUCCGAUAUUACCCAAGUGGCGAUGCAUUUGCAUCUGGCUCAGAUGAUGCUACAUGUCGGCUCUAUGACUUAAGAGCAGACAGAGAAGUGGCUAUUUAUUCCAAAGAGAGCAUCAUAUUUGGGGUCUCCAGUGUUGAUUUCUCUCUCAGUGGGAGGCUACUGUUUGGUGGCUACAAUGACUACACCAUAAAUGUUUGGGAUGUUCUCAAAGGAACACGGGUUUCGAUUCUGUUUGGACAUGAGAACCGUGUCAGCACACUGCGAGUGUCCCCUGAUGGGACCGCUUUCUGCACAGGCUCCUGGGACCACACUCUGCGGAUUUGGGCUUAAGGACACAGAGUUACAGGUGGACAGACCUAUUUGAAGACACACCACCAUUUCAGUUUGCUAGAGUACAAUCACAGAGAUAGAGACUCAGUUUCUGGUUGUACAUAGGGCAUAUCAAUAGCAUUGUAUAUAUACUGCAGUCCCACGGCCAGGGUAGAUGUAUUUUAGACAGUAAUUAAACCAAAUGGCACGCUUGUAUUUGAAUAUAACUGAAAGAAAUUGCACAGAAGUACUUAUGAUGUAAAAUGUAUAUUACAGAAAAUAACACUGGUAGUGAAUAGCAUCCGUCUAGGAUAGAAGUGACACAAUAAAUUGAUGUAUUGUAUGUUCCCACUUGAAGGAAAUUAUUUGUUUAUUUAUGUUUUGGGAAAAGAAGAAUGCAGGUAUGCAGUCUGUAGAAAAUAAUUGCUAAAAGAAAGAGAACAGAGGUCCACAACUUGAUUUAGUUUGAUGUACUUAUUGAAAAAAAGAGAGGGAAACUGAUGAGAGGAUGUGGCUUGUGUGUUUGAAAUGCUGUUCUAGCAUAAUAUGUCAAUAUUAGAGGUAGUUUAAUGUCUGAUAUGGAGAAUCUUUUGCACACAAUUUAGGAUUAAAGAUACAAAUAUCUGAUUUAUUAAAGACUGAGAUGUGAAGCAAAUGUAUGUUUGACACCCUGCGCCCAAAUAAGCCUUUUCCUGUUCUUAAAAGCAACUCACCUGCCAAUAUUACUCCAGUGUAAAAGCACAUUUAAGGGUAAACCUAAAAUAGAUGAUGGCGACUAUCCAUCCCAUGAUCUCAAAGUUUGGUUUACCUCUCAUAUAUGUUAGUUUUCCCAGCUGUUAAAGCCAUUUACUGCUCGAUGUGCACAUUCAGUCACUGCAGACACCCUGACCCUGUGGUCCCCCACUAGAUAUAUAAAUACCAACAUAUAAAACAUGUUUGAAUUCUUAGAAUGUACUCCUUUUCGUGCAGUUGUCCAAUGGCUGUAAUUUCAUAUUUAAUGUAAUUAUUUUAUUGUAGUUUAGUGUACAGUUAUACAGGACACUGUUUAUCAAGAUAUUACAAACAUAAUAAACUGAGUUUUGAAUAUCA